AAGAACAAACACAUGCACGGCAGACAGUCUGCAUUUGUCUUGAAUGAGCAAUUUAAAGAGAUUGCUGGCAAGCAGGUCACUCGGUACAAAUACAAGCAGAAUUUGAUCAUCGGGACUUCAGAAAAGUUUAUUUAGGUGUAAAAGAAGAAUAUAAAGCUGUCAAGAUGUUGACUGAUGAGGUGCCACAGGUACAGGAGGUUAGAUACUGUCUGAAGACUCUGAGAGAACAAAUGGCAGCAAGACAAAACAAUAAUUUCAACAAAAAGGAAGUUGAUGAUAACAGUGUGACCCUGAAUGAAGUCACGAAACAUCUGUACACUCGUUUGCAAGAGAUGGAGAGAAAACAUCAGGAGGAGAAAGAGAGACUGCAGGAAGAAAAUAGGGAAUAUCAGCGGCGGUAUCUAGAGGAGCAUAACAACCGUAUGCAGAAGUCUGAAAUGAGGGCAGAAGAACAGAAAAGAAAAGUGGAGGAAAUGCAGAAACUAAUGCGUAGUUUGGAGCUGGAGAAUGCCAUGCUAAGAGAGAAACUGGCCACUGGUGAGACUGAACUUGAGACACUGAGAGAAAUGAAAAAAUCAACUAAUGAGGAUAGGUGUGAGCAACUGGAAAAGGAGCUGGUGUCUCUAAAGAAUAAAAAUCAUAACUUCGAUGACAUGCUCAAAAGUCAACAGAAGAAAGUUCGAAACAUGAUUGAACAGGUGCAGAAUUCGAGAACCAUGAUUGAACAGAGAGACAGGCUGAUCGGUGAUCUCAAAGAGAAGAUGUCUUUUCUUGAAGCUGAGAACAGAGAGAUGCAUGACCAAGUGGAGUUUUAUAUUGGUAAUCAGGUGCCUAAACACUAUAACUCAGACACGGGAUCAAAGAUUGUCUACAGCAAACCUUUGAUGCCCACAAGCCCAGGAAACAAGUCUCUGCCCUUCAUUAAAGUGAUCGAGAUCAAGAAUUAGAGAGAUGGAGAAAGACAUUUAUUUUGUAUUUGUGUAGCAUUUUUUGGUUUCUUUUGUAUAUAUGGAAUAAAGUGAUUUGUAUAUAGUCUGUUCUGUCUAUAUGUCAUAUAUAUAUAUUCUGGCCCUAAGAAACUAUAUUUUUAAUGCAUAUUCAAGUUGGGAGUGGAGACUGUAGGUGGUGACAUUCAUUUUUGCCAGUAUGUCUGUUUCAAUUCCAAGAUGUGUAUAAUCUGAUAAUAUAACAUUUAUAUAAUCUUUGACUUGUUUAUAAGUUUGUGACUGACAGUCAAUUCCAGUAGUCUGAUCAGAAUUACACACAUAUAUUAAAAACAAAAUAUUUAAGACAAACCUGUUUACAAAUCAUAUUUCUGUGGUACUUAAAGUAUGCAUCUGUUUAAAUACAUAAGCUAAUGUAGAGUUCUGAAAUUACUGCAAAGCUAUGUCUUUAUUUGCUUUAGGAGCUGUAUCUGUAUUAUAUUAACACUCUUGGUAUUGUGAAUAUGUUAUUUAUUUUAUAUAUAUAUAGUAAAUUACACUACACUAGCUUUUUUUCCAUCACUUAUUAGUAAAUGUGAAAAUAUUGUGUUAUUGUAGAUGGACUUUUAGUGCUAUGGACAUUUUUCUGGUAUCUUAAGUGGUAUAUAAAUAGACAAACGUAUUUAAGAUUGUGAACAAUGUAUGUAAGGCAAUGUUACUUUCUAUUUAUAAAUGUAUCUUUUCCAGAACAGAUCAAUUAAAAUUGUUGUUGGUGUAUGUACAGCACCAAGGUCUAAACACAUUUUCAAACUUUCAUUUUUAUACUCUACAUUUUGGAAUAAUAGUAGUCCUCACAACUAUGAAAUAACACAAAUGGAACUAGAAAGAGACCAAAUUUAAAAAAAAUAAUCUAAAGAUAUAUUUUAGCAUUUUCAAUGCCACCUACUCCUUGGUAACAAUUUUGCACACUUUUGGCAUUCUCUCAACCAACUACAGUACAUGAGGUAUCCACCUGAGAUGCCUUUUGAACAGUCUUGAAGGAAUCUGCAUGUAUGUUUGUGUAAUCAUCACUCUCCAUUCUAACUAAUAAAAAAUAAAAAAAACUUUUUUAAUCUUGUUUUUUUAAGUAAUUCAUAACUAACACAAUUAUGAAAUCGACAAAUAA